AGACACAGGCCCGGGGAGACGAUGAUGACUAGUAGCCAGCAGAGAAUCGAAGUGCAGUAGUAGUGUAAUGUAGCUAGCGUGUAUACAAUACAAUACGUGCCUGUCGUCUACCUUAUAUGAAAGGCACCUCGGGCAUUUCAACCUUUUCCCUUCUCUCGCUCCCUGUCGCACCUUCGUCUCUCUCUCUCUCUCUCUCCCUCCUCCUCCUCCUCCUCCUCCUCCUCCUUGCUCUCUCUAUGGUGUUGGCGGCCGCGGCGCGGCGCAGCACCACGGGAGGAGAGGAGGCAUGAGAGGAUGGUGACGUCGCUCCGUCCGCACCGCCACACCACCCAUGGGCGCCGUCCGCCGCCGCCGUCGCCAGCGUUCGCCUCAGCCAACAUCAGCUGCCGCCCGUCGUCGUCCUGACGCCCAUGGCACAGGACCCCUCCCGCCCGCACCGGCACAGUAGUAAGGACACCGCCGCGCAGCAGCCCGAGCCCGAGCACCAGCACGAGCACGAGCAGCAGCCGCCAGCAGAGAUACUGCACCAGCUCGCGCCGCAGGCGCAACCGCAACCGCCCCACGACGUCCAUGAACCAGCAGCAGCGGCCAGCAGCAGCAGCAGCAGCGACGCCGGGUCCUCGUGGCUGCAGCUCGGAAUCGGGGGCCCGUCCCCGUCCUCGCCGCCGCGCCGGAAACGGCCGAGGCGCGACGACGACGACGACGACGCGGGCCCUUCGACGGCGACGUCGUCCGUGCAGCCCGCUGCCGCGCCGCCUCCUCAGCUCCCGCCGCAGCUACUGCUGUCUCUGCAGCCAGCAGGGCGCCCGUCGUCGUCCUCGUCCUCGGCGCCGGCGCCGGCGCCGGCGCGGGCAGUGGCGCCGCCGCCCCCCGCGCACGAGGCCGGCACGUGGUUCCUGCUCCGGGCGGCCCCGAACCAGAGGAGGGAGGAGCCGCCGUUGCCGCACAUCCCCAGGAGCUACUUGAGGGUUAGAGACGGGAGGAUGAUGACAGUUAGAGUAGUGAUGAGGUACCUGGUUAACAAGCUGGGCCUUGACGAUGAUUCACAGUUAGAGAUUACCUGCCGAGGGCAGCGCCUCCAACCGACGAUGACCCUGCAGCAGGUCCGCGACACCAUUUGGCGGCCAGCAGUGCCGGCUGAGGCCGCAGCGGUUUUGCCGGCCCCCGGCUCACGGAGCACUGACCACAUCAUGACGCUGCAUUACUGCAGGAGCUAGCAUGCGCCUCUGGCCGGUGGUGAGCGGAGCAACGAGAGGCACAGCCAACUUAAUUUUCACGCUGUAAUUAAUUAGAUUUUUCACUGCCCACUGCAGGCAGGCACUGAUCCCCCCGUUUUUUCCCCCUCCGCCCCUAACAUCUAAUCCUCCUCACCACAGAGUUCACAGAGAAAGAAGAACAGUAGAACACCAAGGAUCAAUAUAUAGUGUAACACCACCCAAAUGUAACUUAUUUUACUUCAAAACCCUGAGGAAUUAUUCAUUCAUAUUUAUUCAGUUCAAAGAUUUGUUUA